AUGAGCCAGCUGCGGGCCACGAAGCCCGGACUCCUCGUGUGCACAGUCGCGUGCGUGUGCAUCUUCCUCUAUUUAAGGGAUCCAGCUCCGGAGGAACCGACGGAACCCACCUACCCCUCAGCGGUGGAAUGCGGCUUUUAUCCAGAUGAACUGUGUUCGGCUUUAUUUGAAGGCAAAGAGGCCGCCCCCCAAAUUGCAAAAUUUUGUAGAGUCCCUCAUGGUUCCCAAAUCCUCGCACACUUGCACACGCCAGGAAACUGCUCCAGGGUCUCCCGGAAGGCGCGUUUCAUAACCGGACCCCUGUCUGCAGAAGAGGCCAAUUUCUCUCUGGCGUACAUUGUAACGACUCCCGAGGACCUGGACGUGUUUGUGCGGCUGCUCAGAGCUAUUUAUAUGCCUCAAAACGUUUACUGCAUUCAAGUUGACAAAAAGGCCCCAAAGAAGUAUACGAGUGCUGUGCAAACCCUGGCGAACUGUUUUGAAAAUAUUUUUAUUUCAUCCAAGGGAGGCAGAGUGACCCGCACCGGUUUUACAAGACUGCAGGCCGACGUCACCUGCAUGAAAGAUCUGGUCCGGUCCAGAUUUCAGUGGAACUAUGUCAUCAACCUUUGUGGACACGACUUUCCAAUCAAAACCAACAAAGAAAUCAUCCGCUACAUCAGGAGCAAAUGGGCUGACAGAAACAUCACUCCUGGGGUAACCCACCCACCCAACGUUACACCCAAGACAAGGGCACAUCGUCCCGAAUUCGCCCCUGAAGGAAGCAGCCACGGAUUGCCACACGGAAGAUACAAAGAUGAACCCCCCCACAACUUAACAAUCUAUUCUGGAAGCACUUACUACGCGCUAACAAGGAAGUUUGUGGAGUUUGUACUGACGGACAUCCGAGCCAGGGACCUGCUCCAGUGGUGCAGGAACGCCCAGAGCCCAGAACGGCUUUACUGGGUGACUCUGAACCGCCUGAAAGAUGCCCCGGGAGCCACGCCAGACGCCGGAUGGGAAGGAGACAUUCGAGCCAUUAAAUGGAGAAGCGAGGAGGGAAGUGUUCAUGAUGGAUGUAAAGGGCGCUACGUCCGUGAGAGCUGCGUGUACGGACCAGGAGACCUGUCCUGGAUCGUUCGGUCGCCUUCGCUGUUCGCCAACAAAGUGGACUCGACCGCCCCUCUGGUGGCCACGUGCCUGGAGAGGCGGCACAGGCUGCGGGCGCUGCGGCAGGCCGAGGUUCCCGCGGAGCCUCACUGGCGCUUUCCGCAGGAGAGUGAUUUUAACACGAACUGGGGCCGCUGA